AUGAGCGCACCGCAAGUUUCCCAUCAAACCCUAAACGCAGAAUUCAAGGGUACUGCGCGCAAGAUUGGGGAAACGGUUAUCCACCAAUUCCGCGGAAUUAAAUACGCCAAUGUUGCCGCCAGAUUUGAGCGUGCCGAACCUGUAGAUAACUUCAACGGAGCAUCUAUUGAUGCUACUCAGUACGGACCGAGAUGCCCUCAGGCGGCUGUAGAUGUGCGCCACUUGUUGCGGAUUCCAGAAGAUUUUGAGAUUCCGGAUGAGCCUGAGGAUGAAUUCGAAUGUCUUAAUCUGGACAUCGCAUGUCCGCCUUUGUCAGCUAAUUCGGGGCUCCCCGUUUUGAUCUGGAUUCACGGUGGUUCCCAAGUCGUCACCUUCUGCUCAGGAGCAUCCAAGAUCUGUGAUCCGGCCAAGAUUGUGGCUGAUUCUAUUGAGGCCAAGCAGCCUAUCAUUGUUGUUUCCAUCAAUUAUCGACUUAAUAUCUUCAGCUUCGGGGAUGGAAAAGAGAGGAAUCUUGCACUGAAGGACCAGAGAUUGGGGAUUGAUUGGGUGCGGAAGAACAUCGCCGCUUUUGGGGGCAAUCCGGGCCAUAUCACUCUCUCCGGUGAAAGUGCGGGUGCUGUUUAUGUUCAUGCACAUCUGAUCACUGGACCACCUGUAAAGAGGGCAGUUUUAGCAUCUGGGUCUCUUUAUCUCUCAUCUCCGUUGCCCGUGGAGCGAGGCAAUGGACUUAUCCAGGUCUUACAAACGAAGGUGAAGGGACUUGGGCAGUCUUCCCUUCGUGAGGCCUCCGUCUCUGCUCUCAUACAGGCACUGAAAGAGUGCAAUGUGAACACGAUGUGGAUCCAGGAGGAGCCAGAGCUUGAGAACUGGGAGACCAAGCCGGAACAGGUCGACGAGCUUAUGAUAGGUGAUACAGAAUAUGAGUCCGUUAUCUGGAGGAAUGGGGUGGAAACACUAGAUGGGGAGACGAUUACCGCUGCCUUUGAACAAGACAUGGAAUGGGGCACAAAACUGCGAAAGCUGUACCAAGUGGUCGCCGACCGCCCUACAGCCUGUAAGCUGGGUGCCUUAGAUUUUGUUAAUGACAUUCGCUAUACACUCCCUGUUGAGGUUAUUUCUAAAAAGCUUACAGCGGCCAACAAGAGAGUGUAUAGGUAUGUGUUUGACCAAGCCAACCCAUGGCAAGCCUCCAGUCGUGCUCAUCAUGCUGUUGAUCUUCUCUAUCUGUUCGCGGGGGUUGAUUUGUCCUUCAAUCCGACUGCGGAAAUGGUGGGCCAGGAGACAAGAAAACGUUGGAUCCAAUUUGUUAGCGGCGGUAACCCUUGGUCUUCAGAGCAAAGGUUCGCCUUCGGACCACUUGGGGAUUGCAAAGAAAUAUCGGAGGCGCAGUUUGCGGGUCGGAGACGAGUAAAUCAUCUCAAGGCGCUAAAAGAGGCUGGAAUGGGUACGUAUAUGCCUAUCGCUACUGCCUUAACGGCAGGAAAGAUUAGUCUCUUAAAUUGA